UGUCGCAUUUCCGACCUCCUCACGCAUGCCUUUCUCAUGCCUCGGCAAUUUUAUGAAGGUUACUUGCCAAGUUUUCAAGACUAAACGUCUUAGCUCAGUUUCUUCGAUAUCGACGCAAGAUUCAGAUGGUUACUCGUCGUGGGAGGCCGUUGAGCUCGAGAAGGCAGUGACUGAUUUCAACUGGGACAUCUUCGACUUCGUCGAUGGCUUGCGGGAUCCAACCGACGUAUUGAAAACGGUGGGGAUAUUCUUAUUCAAACGGGCCGCGAAGGAUCUGCAGCUCGACUGGUAUCCCCGAGCAAUGAAGUGGCUGAGACUAGUCCAAGACGCUUACCAAGAUGUGCCCUUCCAUAAUGUUGUACAUGCGGCUGAUAUUGCUAUUGCUCUACAUCAUCUACUUGAAGUUUUCGAGCGAUCAUUCAACUUGGAUGCAUUGGACCUCAUCGCCUGUUACUGUGCCGCACUGGCGCAUGAUGUUUAUCACCCGGGUUAUUCCAAUCGGUAUGUGCUCGCCUUUUGGGGUAUCAAAGACUCUUCUGAUACGCAUCCUCUGGAGACAAUACACGCUCGAGAGGCGGUCCGAAUGCUGCGAGAAACGGGCAUGGCUGAGCUCCUAGGUGGUCGUCGUGUAGAUCUUAUUCAUCGUAUGAUCAUCGCGACUGAUAUGCAACAACAUAACAUGUGGGUAGAAAAGGCGAAAUGCCUGGACUCCCUAUCGAAAGAGGAUCGUCUGUGUGUUAUGCUACAUGCAGCUGAUAUAUCUAAUCCUGCCAGGAGUCGAUCGGUGAUGCAGAAAUGGUCCAUACGAUGCAUGAGGGAGUUUUGGAAUGAACGGGAUCUGUUUCUGGCCAAGGGCGUUGAUCCGCCUUCUACUCUGCCUCCUCGAGCGACUUCAAACGUGUCGUUGGCAUCUGCACAAAUAGGCUUUAGCAAGUUCUUUGUGAGGCCCCUACUAGUUGCCAUGUUGGACUCGAAGUCUUGGGAUUGGAUUCGGAAUAUAGAUGAUAAUAUUCGCACAAGGGAAAGUGUUAUAGAAGCCUAUUGCUGUGAAUAAAUCGUGUAUUGCUCGCUACGGCGAUGUUGAUCAUGAUUAUCAGUUGCCUUUUAGUUUGAUGAAUAUUUGUUUUUUUCACUCUCGCUCUCACAUGAGCCUGUAUGAAUAGCAUAGUGUUAUUUCUUAAUCGAUGUUAUUCUCUCCAAGCUGUCUAUCUGUCAAUGGAUCAUUAAUAGAGCGCACGUAGUAAUAGUAGUAGUAUCACCCCUUUGCUGUUCACUUCAUCAUCAUCCUACUAUUACUAAGUUAUUUGAAGUCUUCCAUCACCACGUUUGUGUACUACUACUACUACUACUACUACUACUACUACUACUACUACUACUACUACUACUAUUACUACUACUACGAGGUCAUUGAUCCAUUCGUGAGGGCGUCCUCCUACAAGAGGGGUGUUUUAUUAUCGCUCUUUUCGGAUACGCCCUCUGUAGUCGUUGUUGUUAUAGAUCCUGCUACUAUUGCUG